AUCGACGCAAGCACUCAAUGAUUCUCAGAUGAUGUGGCAAGUAGUAUCAUCGGGGCCGGGUCAGGGCAGGGCGAGUAUACACUUUCUUCACUUGAUACAUUGGCGCGUAGCAUCUCCGGGUGAGUCCCUUCUAUCAUGAUCUUGUGAUUCUGCAGCCUAUACCCCGCCCAUCCCACAUGAUGACAGGGCAUUAUCUGUUGUCAGGUGUUGUCGCAGAUGCCAUUGUAAUGCCUAUCGGUGAAGUCAUAUGAGUAGAUCCGUUUGGCCGUAGACGUUUGUCCCUGGGCAGCUAUGCUCUUCGAAAGGCCGCCGCAGACCGGCUUCGUUGAGAGGCUGUCUGAAUCUGCCGUAGUGCCGUUGAACGUUCGACAAGAACACGAAUGGGAUUCCUCGUCCCGUGGACCUGCUCAAUCCGAUCCGCUUUGACAUCGGAGGGUGAGUUAGCUCGUUCGCACAGUCAUCAUUUGAUUCUUGAAGCAGAGGUCGACGAGUCUUUUGUCAGUACCUUUAAACAUUGACAUAGGCCUCUCACGUUCCCAAGGCGCAUAUAAAAACCGUUUCACUAUGAGUCGUCAUAUGAAAAUGACUUGACAUAGAAGGCGUCAAUACGGGGAUAACAGCGCGUUGCUUAUGUGCCGCAGAUAUAAGCAAGGUUCCGUUACCUCCCAGUGACACGAUCUAAACACGAUUUCAUCUCUAUCGCGUUUAUUAUACUUCUCAUUCUAGGCCUGAUAUAACCCGAGCCCAAAAUGCAACUACUCGUUUGCGUUACCUUGGUCUCUGCAUUCGCUGUCUACGUCAGCGGCGCCGCACUUGACGGUCCCAAAGUUGGUCUCGCAUGGGCCAAUGGAAACAACAUUCCGCUGACUAACUUCCUCACUCCCCAUGUUGGCGCAAUACAUACAUGGAGCCCUCACUGUCCCGAUGGUUCAAACAGCAUCCAAUGCUAUCAGAUGUUAUGGGGAGCCGAUUCUGGUCGCAUCACGGACUUCAACAAUACCGUUAAGCCAGCCGGCGGUAACAAGAACGUUAUUCUUGGAUUCAAUGAGCCAAACGAAGCAGGUCAAUCAAACCUGUCUCCUCAAGUCGCAUGCAUUUUCUGGCACAGUAUUAUCGAACCGCGAGCGAAAGAGGGCUACACCCUCGUUUCUCCUGCCACUAGCAACGCGCCUGGUGGUAUUCAAUGGAUGCAGCAGUUCUUCCAGUGCUGCUCAGAUUGUACAGUCAAUGCCAUGGCCGUUCAUUGGUUCGGCACUUCAGUCUCUAGCUUUGAGUCUUGGGUCUCACAGUGGCACGUUGUAUUCAAUAAUCGCGAUGUCCUUGUCACGGAAUACGGUUUCCAGGACUUUAAUGGGCAACAACAUUCCGCGGAUGAAGUUGUUGCAUUCUACAAGAGUGUUGGUACGUGGAUGGACCAACAACCUUGGAUCAAGAAAUACUUCCCCUUCGGCUUUAUACCUAGUCCGCAGAGUGGCAAUCCGGCUGCCCUGAUGACUGCAGAUGGCCAACCUACGGCUCUCGGUCUGAUGAUCCUUAAUGAGGCCUACUAGGCUGUUAAGCUCCAGGUCCGCCAAACGCGCGAAAUCUCCGUCUAGGUUCCAUGACCAAGUUCCAAGGUCUAAAUGUGAACAACGCUCUGACGGAUUGGAGGGAACAGUCCAUCCUUGGUCAAACAAUCGUUGACGAAGGAUAGAAGUCCUCCUCUUGUAUACUGGAAAAUUAGGACUUGGAAUGAUAUAUAGAUGUGGAUUAUGUACAAUAGAGGAAUGAUGACGAGUG